AUGCUGCCCAAUAAUGACUUUUCUUUACCACUCAAUAAUGACUUGCCUUUGCCAUCCAACAAUGACUUGCCUAGGCCACCCAAUAAUGAUUUGCCUAUAUCACACAAUGAUUUGCCUAUACCACCCAAUAAUGACUUGCCUAGGCCACCCAAUAAUGAUUUUCCUAUACCACCCAAUAAUGAUUUGCCUAUACCACCCAAUAAUGACUUGCCUAUGCCACCCAAUAAUGAUUUGCCUAUACCACACAAUAAUGAUUUGCCUAUACCACCAAAUAAUGACUUGCCUAGGCCACCCAAUAAUGAUUUGCCUAUACCACACAAUAAUAAUUUGCCUAUACCACCCAAUAAUGAUUUGCCUAUACCAACCAAUAAUGAUUUGCCUAUACCACCCAAUAAUGAUUUGCCUAUACCACUCAAUAUUGAUUUGCCUAUACCACCCAAUAAUAAUUUGCCUAUACCACCCAAUAAUAAUUUGCCUAUACCACCCAAUAAUGAUUUGCCUAUACCACACAAUAAUGAUUUGCCUAUACCACCCAAUAAUGACUUGCCUAGGCCACCCAAUAAAGACUUGCCUUUACCCCCUAAUAAUGACUUAUCUAUGCUGCCCAAUAAUGACUUUUCUUUACCACUCAAUAAUGACUUGCCUUUGCCACCCAACAAUGACUUGCCUAGGCCACCCAAUAAUGAUUUGCCUAUAUCACACAAUGAUUAUCCUAUACCACCCAAUAAUGACUUGCCUAGGCCACCCAAUAAUGAUUUGCCUAUACCACACAAUAAUGAUUUGCCUAUACCACCCAAUAAUGACUUGCCUAGGCCACCCAAUAAUUAUUUGCCUAUACCACACAAUAAUGAUUUGCCUAUACCACCCAAUAAUGACUUGCCUAGGCCACCCAAUAAUGAUUUGCCUAUACCACACAAUAAUGAUUUGCCUAUGCCACACAAUAAUGAUUUGCCUAUGCCACCCAAUAAUGAUUUGCCUAUACCACACAAUAAUGAUUUGCCUAUGCCACACAAUAAUGAUUUGCCUAUGCCACCCAAUAAUGAUUUGCCUAUACCACCCAAUAAUGACUUGCCUAGGCCACCCAAUAAUGAUUUGCCUAUACCACACAAUAAUGAUUUGCCUAUACCACACAAUAAUGACUUGCCUAGGCCACCCAAUAAUGAUUUGCCUAUACCACCCAAUAAUGAUUUGCCUAUGCCACUCAAUAAUGAUUUGCCUAUACCACCCAAUAAUGAUUUGCCUAUACCACACAAUAAUGAUUUGCCUAUGCCACCCAAUAACGACUUGCCUAUGCCACCCAAUAAUGAUAAAAGCAACCCACUUAAAAAGUAUGACACAGCUGUUAAAGGAUUUACACAUGUUAACUUUGAUAUUACUGACAAUAUCGAAGUUGGCCAAAUCUCCCCUGUAAGUCUAAGGUCAGACUAUUACACACUCUGA